AGCACUUGUUGAAGCUGUGAUGUUCCUAGAGGGUAAAGAAAAAGAGAUGGUAUUGAAUGACUCUAGAAGUGAGGCUACAAAUCUUGAAGAGGACAUUUGCAUAUUGUCACAAAUUGAGGAGGUGGAAGAUGAUAAGAGGAAUCGGCCAUCGAUAUCCUCAUAGCUUACUUGAACAAGAUAUAGAAUUGGUAACUAGAGAGUCAUCCUUAUCAACUCAGGGAUCAGUGAAGAGGCUGAAACAGAAAUACUCUUCCAACCAGUUUUCCAAGCAUACUUUGAGGCACUCUUUAAAGCAGCUGAGAACCAGAUAUGAAAGAGGCACUGGCAAAGAGAGCUUUUUUGGAUGAUCUAAAAAAGGGAUUAUUUCAAAAUCAACAGGGAAAAGCUUCGAGGGCAACUAGAAAAACAAUUAAAAGUAUGGAAAUUGU